AUGAGAUAUUGGAAUACUCUGAGCUCGAAAGAGUUAAUAGUGAGGCUGUCUCGAUCAAGUUUGACUAAAAAUGUUAGAUUGAGUUCUACAAUUGCAAUUCAUUCAAAGGUAAGCCCAACUGACUUGCAAUUUGGUAGAAGAAAUUUAUCAUACUCAAGGGUCCUUUUACAAUCUUCAGAAGUACCAUUUGAUAAGAUGACUAAAGAUGAACAAUUGAGAUUAACUGAAGAAAGAGCUAUUGAUAAGGUUGAUGUUUGUAUUGUUGGUGGUGGACCUGCUGGCUUAGCUACUGCUAUUAAGUUAAAGCAAUUAGAUACCGAUGGGAAAUUGAGAGUUGUAGUUCUUGAAAAGGCAAGUGAUAUUGGUGGUCAUAUAGUUUCUGGGGUAAUUUUAGAACCAAGAGCAUUAAGAGAAUUGUUCCCAGAUUCUGAAUUUUAUGAUGCAAAUGGUGACGGUAUACCAUUACCUCCUGACUUGGUGACAAAAGUUGAAAAAGAGGAUUUAAAGUAUUUUUUGGGUAAUUUAGCUUUGCCAGUACCAGAACCUCCACAAAUGGUUAAUAAAGGCAAAAAUUAUAUUGCUUCUUUAUCACAAGUAACAUCUUAUCUUGGUGAAAAAGCUGAGGAAUUGGGUGUAGAAGUUUACCCAAGUGUUUCAGUAUCAGAGGUUAUUUACGAUGACUCAAAUGCUGUAAUUGGUGUUGCUACAAAGGACAUGGGAAUUUCAAAAUCUGGUGUCCCUAAGGAUAACUUUGAAAGAGGAUUGGAAUUUCAUGCCAGACAAGUAGUAUUUGCUGAAGGUUGUCAUGGGUCGUUGACUAAACAGAUUAUUCAAAAGUAUAAUUUGAGGGAAGAUAGACAGAAUCAAACUUAUGGUUUGGGUAUUAAAGAAGUAUGGCAAGUUAAACCUGAAAACUUCAAGAAGGGGUUUGUAGCUCAUACAAUGGGAUACCCACUUUCAAAUGAUGUUUAUGGUGGGGGUUUUCAAUAUCAUUUUGGCGAAAAUUUAGUUACUGUGGGUUUAGUUGUAGGUUUAGAUUACAAAAAUCCAUAUGUCUCACCAUAUCAAGAGUUUCAAAAGUUAAAAAAACAUUCUUAUUAUUCUAAGGUCCUGGAAGGUGGUAAAUGUAUAGAGUAUGGUGCUCGUGUAUUGAAUGAAGGUGGUUUACAAGCUGUUCCAAAGUUAAACUUCCCAGGUGGGUUGAUCGUUGGUGCCUCUGCAGGUUUCAUGAAUGUUCCAAAGAUCAAAGGUACACAUACCGCUAUGAAAUCUGGUAUAUUAGCUGCUGAAUCUAUAUAUGAAGCAAUUUCACAAUUGCCAUCAUUAGAGGAAUUGGAAGAGAAUAAUAUAGAAAAGUUGGUAGAAGAGCCAGUUAAUUUGGAAUCAUAUGAAACUGCAUUCAAGAACUCGUGGAUUUAUAAGGAGCUUAACGAAGUACGUAACAUCAGACCCUCUUUUAAUACAGCCUUGGGAGGAUACGGUGGUAUGGUAUAUUCAGGUCUUGAUUCAUAUGUUCUAAAGGGGCGUGUUCCAUGGACUUUCAGAUUCCACGAAUCCGAUGCCUCUUUAACGAGACCAGCCUCCGAAUACAAGCCUAUAAACUAUCCCAAACCCGAUGGUGUUGUUUCUUUUGAUAUUUUAACUUCUGUUUCUCGAACUGGUACUCACCACGAUGAAGAUGAAUUGUGCCAUUUAAGAGUUCCUGAUCAAGAUCUAGAGAAACAUUCAGAAAAGGCAUAUCCAAAAUGGAAAGGUGUUGAAAGUCGUUUCUGCCCUGCAGGCGUUUAUGAGUAUGUCCAAGAUGAUAAAUCACCUUUGGGUGUCAAGUUUGUUAUUAAUUCACAGAACUGUAUACAUUGUAAAACCUGUGAUAUCAAGGUGCCAACUCAAGAUAUUAAUUGGACUGUUCCAGAAGGUGGUGAUGGACCAAAAUACUCAUCAACGUAG